AUGACCACCUCCGCGGGCUCAUCGACGCCGACCAGCGUGCCGUCCGCUCACCCUGGCUUCCGCCGCUCUAUUACCGUUCCUGCGCUAUUAGCCAACCCUCCCAGACCCCCUACAGCAGAUUCGUCAGGAGGUGCAGAAAGCGUAGAAGUCCUCUUUGUGCAUCCGUUCGCCAAAGUCGUGUCUUUUACCACAUCGUCAAGCACAUCGAGGCCGAGCUCUAGCUCAAGUCGAGGGACCGAUGGGCCGGAUAGAGAGCUAUACGGGACACUAUCAUGGACUUCACCUACGGAGAGGACGAUGGCGGCUGGUAGCCCGCUGAGGAUAUAUCGCGUCCCUAACAGCGUAUCCUUCCUUCACUCUGGCACCCUACUUCAUGCGAUUCUACCAAAGUCGCAGUGCUGGUGUGUUGAUCAGGAAGGACGGUUUGUUCUUCGAAUACGGCUGAGCUCAUACUACCGAAUCGAACUUCCCUGGGACAACGACGAGAACAAGCAGAAGGUGGAGGAAUUCAAGAGCAUCCUCAUCAGCGUACUACAGUACGAGAAGACGCCAUGUCCGUUCAAAGGUGGUCCACACGUGGAGAUGCCGGAAAGACCUGAGACACCGCGGCGAAGGUCGCUGCAACCAGUGGAGAAGGCCAAGCGCUGGAAACUGAACAGGGUCUGGACGCCAGAAGAUGCCGGGCUACGCGCUUUUGAUGGUACGGACACGAGUACAACGUCUGCCUCGGAGGACGAUGAUAGCAACACCGUGAGCGCAAGUAGCGCAACAGAACAUAGUCCCGGUGCGCUGGAGGUUUCGGAGUCUGUCGAGAACUCGCCAGAGAGCUUGCAGAUCCCGCGAAGACCUCGUGCUCUCAGGGACACACGCUCUGUAACGGCACCAGCCCAGAUGAUAGUUAGGAAGACCGAAGGUCCACAACUACCGUCCGCUCAGCAGGACUCUAGUGAUCCCCCUUCAGACUCCGUGAGCUUGGCUUCGAGUGUUGACUCGUUUUGUUCGUUCCCAGAGUUGCCUCCGGUGCCACUUUCAUCAUCCCAUCUGGCACCCGCAUCUGUUUAUGGCGAUGCUGUUGAGGAGCAAUACUCGGACAUCGAGGUACGAAAACCUCGGGCACGCCACAGACGCGACAUAUCAGACAUCACCAUCACUCCAAAUGCGGCGAACCGCUCCGCAGGGCCUACACCGCUUCAUUCGCCCCUUUCAGAAGAUAGUCGACUACGAUCCGCGCCUUCUACGCCGACGUUGAUGAGCGACUCCGAAGACGCUUUGUCGUCGCCAUCUUCUAGCUUGAAAACGCCGCCAGAUACGAUCCGGUUACGUCCUAUGACAGGCGCCUCGCAACGGCGCUCCUAUUCCCCGAUGCCGCACGCGGUAAACCUGUUCACACCGCCAAGACGACAGCUGGGCACUGUGUUGGUGCAGAAGACGGCUGAAAUCUUACUCAGCCCGCCUAGUCAUCUGAUCGCGCUUAUGCUGCGUAUUGCUGCGAACUUUACACGCGGGGCGUUUACUAGCCCCAGUUCGAACAGUAGAGGCGGGAGGAUACCGUGCUCGUGGGAGUCCAGCGGCGAUGAGGAAGAUGAUUGGGGCGAGGAUGACUAUGGAAUUCCACUCACGACUAUCAGCUCCGCAGAGUCGAAGAGGAAUCGUUCGGGCACCCGAUUGGAGACUGGUUGA